GGUGCAGCAUUCAGUUUUCCGUCUGUGGUCGGCCUGUGAGCAUGCGCGUUUAGCCUAGCAUCGGAUUUUCCCUGCGUAGUUUUGGUUUAUUUCGCGAUUUCGGAUUAGUUCUGUGCGACAGAUCAAUCGAGUUGGCAAAUUUCGACUGGAUUUUUUUACGAAACAAAAUAAGGAAAGUGAAAUUGUUAAACGAUUAGUGACCAAAAAAGUUUGAAAAAAAAAAUACUCGCAAGGAUAUAGUGAACGAAUUGUGCAAAAAGCUGGGAUUUGUGUGAGUGUCGGAAAAGCUAUACAGCAAGUGCGGAAAACAUAAGUUCCCUGUGAUCAGCCGAUUAAAUUGAUAGCUAGGAAGUAACCGACCGAAUAUCGCUCUGUAAUCAAAGGCAAAAAGUAACGUUUCUUCUGUGGCUCUGAAAGCAGGUUUUUCUUCUUGUGUGUGGGCUCGGUACAAGCGCAGCCAGUGUUCUAUGCUAAUUGGAAUUUCUGCUAAACAUAGAAAAGCGCUGUUCGAUACAAGCCAUUAGGAAGCGAGAACCUCGCGAUUUCCUCGCUUGUUUUAUUUAUUCUCUUUUUGCUGCUAUCCGCCAUCCGGAUAGUGAGGAUCGCGAACAAUAGAGCGAAAAGAAUUUCCACCCGGAACCUGCUCCAGCCACGCCGCCUCAGCCUAGCGUAAAAUCCGUACCGCAGCGAGGAAACAGCAGAACCUUGGAAUUAUAUCGGAAAAAUAUGCGGUACGGCGCAGCCCCACUGGAAAUGAUCUGACAUCAGCGCUCCUUGCGCCAGCCAUCGGAACCCCUACCUGCUGACGUUCGGCAGAAGCCGUCACAGUAAACACUCUCAACUACCGAAACCGUAAACUUGGUUUUUUCCCCCAACCCGAAUCUCUUGCUUUAAAAGUCAAAUUUUUAAAUCAAAGAUAAUUGCUGACGCAUUUGUUUACGCUUUCUUUUUUUCCUUUUUCCCCAUUUCCCGCCAAGAGGGAAACACGAACAAAGGCUAUUGUUAUUCUUCUUCUCUUUUUCGCUUUUGCAAGUGCAAUUCCGUCGCGUCAGUACGAUAAUGAUAACGAGAAGAAUGCGAUUACCGGUGAUAGCACUGCUGUGUCUGCUGCAGCUCAGUGAAACUCUAGCGUCCCCUGAUCCGGAUGUUGCAGGGCGAUCGGCAGCAAUGGUGGCGACAGAGGACGAUCGAGAGCUGAAAGCGAAUGAUGAUGGUUACGAUUUUCUUUCCAUUGAUCAGCUGUUCAUGAACAAUCCCCAGUAUGCUAAGCUACUAAGUGAUCUUCAGUCGCACACCUUCGGCAGAAACUGGCGACGGAAGCGAGAUACGGAAAACGAGGAGACUCCGGCGGAAAGUUUUCCCGAAGAACUCCCAACGAAACAGACAAACGCGACCUCUGCGGUAACUGGUCUACCGGAGAUAACCGAAGUAACAAAACAGCCCGUGCAAAGUAAACAAACCGAAGAAGCGCACGAUAAUCAUCCGGAUGCGGAAGGACGAACAACUCCGCUGAAAGUGAGUAGCAUCUCGUCAACAACGGCCGCAGCCAGUUCACUCGGAUUUUCCGGUUCCACGGAAGCCAUCCGUCCUCGGACGGAAGAGCCAACAACCAGUGCGUCACCGGUCCGUAGCAGUACUCCGCGACGACUGCUACAUAAAGGUAACGUCAAGAACAAAAACAAGGGUGUCAACAAAUACGCUACGUUAGGCAACAGCAACAGUAGCAGCAGUUUGACCGCUGCCAACGUCAAUAAGUUCACGGUGUCCAAUACGCCCCCGUCGGUCACUUCGGUUUCGUCGUCCUCACCGGCCGUCACCAGUUCGUAUACGGCUGCGGCUAGUGCCGCUAGCAGUAACAGCAACAUGGCAGCUGCGGCCGCCUCGGUAGCAGCCAACAUGACCUCGCCAGCCGGGAGCAGCAGCAAUAAAGAUAAGGUUGGCCUGGCCCCGACCAAGUACCACUACUAUCCCCACAACCAGCACAUCUACUUCCUGCCGGAGUGCGCGAUACAGCAGGUCUGCAAUGCCGUCUACGUCCGACUGAAUUAUACGCAGCCCCUGUGCGCCUGCCCCCCUCGCUAUCGAGACCCCUGCUCUGCUAGCUUAAACGAGGACGAUAACCACACGAUCAAGCUGGUCGGAAACGCUCAGCGGAAAGCCAUUACUUUGGCUAAGACCUGCGAGAACACCAACGAACUGCGCGAGUGCCGAGCUCCUAAGGAUUGGUCCAUCCUGGCCCUGCAAAACUCUCGAACUGGAAAAUCGCACUACCUGGUGAUUUGCAAGUGUCCACCGCACUUCCGGCUAGAGGGUCCACUAGCUCACGAUCAACCGACGUACGCUGGACUACCGGGAAUUAACGUUUACGGUAUGCUGUGCGUCCCGCCAGCGGGAACCCAAAGCUCUGCACCCAACUACAACAACAGAUGGAAAGUUCGGCCCUCGUCACCCGCUCCAUCCUAUCGGUCGUUCAAGAACGCCAGCGCAGUGACGAAAUCCAACGAGUACUAAAACGAAGAAUUGCCACCAACAUCAACACCAUUUUGACAAUUCAAUGUUCCAUAAAUGUUCAUUUUUAGAAAAAUUUAUAAGGAAUCCCAUUUCCUUUACAAUGGAGCCAGAGCUUCAGUUUUCGACAGUCAAAACGGUUAGCCUCCGCUAAUAGUAUUUAUUUAUUUUUUGUAUUUAUUUAACGAAUCGCUUAUUUCUAUCUGUAAAUGGAGGCUACGAGCUUUCUGUUGAAGUUUGUUAUAUUGUCGAGCGAGAAGAAAGCAAAUAAAGUUGGGUGUAAGACUGCCACGAGAGGAUGACGCAGAUGUCAUCUAGUUUUACGCGACGAUAAUCUUGGAAAACGUACAAAUGUCGCAAAUAUUUGUACUGCUUUCCAGCAGAGAGCACUAUAAUCACAUUUUAAAACAAGAUCUUAAUUAGUCAUCUUCUUCCAGCACACACGCAGCGUGACUACAGAGCGGCCGGGCCUCCUACCGCUUCACUCUCACCGCUGCGGGAAAAGCGCGAGACGAUGAUUAAUUAACAGAAAAUCUUUUUUAAAGCAACCUUUGUUAUUAGAAUUAGGAGAGAAAAAACGACAAAAAAUUGCACCCCCAAUGAGCAUAAUUGUUCGCAUCUUCUUUCCAUUUCCACCGACGGCCACAAGGCAUGCACAAGUAGGCCUUGCCCGAACACGCGCAGACAUACACGUGCGCGGUGUAUUCACGCGUAUUGUGUUCCUGCUGCCAUUCUCCCAUUGUUCUCUUGACAGUCAAUCGCCACGCCAUCUAUGUGAGAUCGUAGAUCAACACUUGCUGUCAAUGAAAGUAAACCGCACACGUGCUACCACGAGACCCGGACCCGUUCCGUUCCGGUGAAUAUUUUCAGCUCACUUUCAGGAAAAUAAUUGCGAACCCCCCCGCCGUCGCGUGGAGGUGGAAAGAAAAUUUUAAGCAACAGGAAAAUGAAAACAAUGCAAACGAGCAGCACUUACGCACGUAUACACCACACCGUAAGCCAAUUAUUACGUUAUUAUUGAAGGGCAAGAGCUUAAAUUCGUUUCAAAUUAUCUCCACUAUAUUAAUAGUAGUCAUACAGAGAAACAAAAAAAUUAGAGCUGAUGUCGAGAUGUGAAUCGUAAAAUUAUUCUGAAAAAGAUGAGUGAGAAAGGGAAAGGAAAAGCGCGAACGCAGAUGCGGUUUGUCGCCUGAAAGCUUGCUUCUAACCAGUGCCACCAGAGUGCAACACUGAGCAAUAGAUUGCACAAAGUCUAGUUUAAGCUUUUAGGACUCUUGUGCUACCAAGGACAUUUCCAAAAUGAUUUAAAAUACCUGUGUAAUGGCACGAUUUUUACCCACCACAGUGCAAGCUUAACCUCAAUCUACGCAUUGCACGAAAGCGCGUUUUACUUUCGAAAUUAGUUGAUCGCGGUGUUUGUUUCAUUGCAUUUUUCGGGUCCCAAAAGAAAGAAAAAACUCCCGAGUGCGUAUAAAAUGGCAAUAAGUAAACCGCUGCUGCGAGCUUCCUAGAGCUUUCGCCGAGCAAAUCCAACCUGAAAGCGGAAUGAAAAUUCAGUGAUUUACUUUUUCUCGUCUCGACGAUCAAAUUGGAGUUAGUUUUGCAUGGAUACUGUGCAGCUUGCCAGUGGAGCAGCUAUUAUUAAAAAGAGAGUAACCCCUAUUGUAUAUAUAGUCAUUUCCUGCUCGAUCUUCUCACGUCAUUCAUCGCUAUCUUGCUCUCAAUAUUCAUAACUUACAAAACGAAACUAAAAGUUAAUCAAAAGCGCAUUGUUUAGCUUUGUUAAAAAAAUGUAUUUUUAAAUUUUAAAAUAUAAUAAAUAGUAAAGAUAUCAUCCGAAUACUCCCGUCGUAGAGCACAAUAUAAUCCUACAAUAAUUAUAAUAAUGAUGUAAGCCGCAGUAAAAACAAAUUGGAUUAAAUGGAUAAAAAUUAUUACAGUAUGCAUUAACAAUCAGCACUGAAGUGCACAGAAGAGACAGAAGAGAAAACAAUAAAGCAAAAAAACACAUUAACGUGUUUGGUUCGGUUGAAAAAAAAAACAGCCAAAAGAGUA